GUAGCUCUGCUAUUAAAUAGUAAAGUAAUAGUGAGUAUGAAGCAUACAUUAAGAGGUACAUAUAUAAAGGGUAUUCAAGCGUCAGCAUAUUAGCAUCCGAACUCCUGUCCCAUAUUUUAUUAACUGAUGAAAUAUUAACUUUACACUUCAAUAACCUCGUAAUAACAUUUUUUAGCUUUGUACCGUGACCAUAACGAUAGGUAACGAUCAAGACCACUGACUAUAUAAAAACUCAUAUAGUGUUGCUCUUGUUUAUGAUCGUUAUACAUUGAAGUGUCGAGUUAUUUAUAUAAUUGUAAUAGUUUUAAUGUAUUUGUCUCAUGAUUUCGCGUUAAAAGUUGACUGUAUGAAAAGAAACCUUAUUUCUGUAAAUGGCCAAAGGUAUAUUGUAUAUGCCGAUAUGCCAAUAAAUCUGAAACUGAAGCCCCACUUUGAUUAUACAAGCCAUGAUGAUUAUAGCCUUUGUACGAUAGAUUUUUCAUUUACGUUAACGCAAGGUCUAUCAUUGUACUUACGUUAUAUACGGCUGUGUAGUAAACGUAUUAUCCCAAAUUUUUAUUUUAUAUAAAUACGUUUGCUGAGGUACUAGUUUGAUUUACUGUUUUGAGAAUUUUACCAUCUUACAUUUCCAGUUUGUAACAGCACCGUAUACAUAUCUCUAUUCAGAAUGUUACAUUUGGUUUGCCGCACAUGUAACUGAUGAAAAACGUGACCAAGAUCAAUUCAUUUCAUUAUUUUAUUUGGCAUAAACAAAUGAAUGUUCAUCGCCAAAAGAGUGGCGUACAACACAACGUCUAUUCUAGAGAUUGCAUUUCAUUUUGAUGCAUUAUAUAUAUAUAUAUAUCUAUAUAAAUCUAUCUAUUUACCUAUAAAAUCACCAUUUAUGUCAUUGCUCCUAGUAGUCAUGUGCCUCUCUUCAGGGAGUGUGACGACAUCAUUUUCCCUAUAUAUUCUAUAUAAAGCCGCCAUCUUGGUCUCGGAGGAGGGAAUUUUCUCCACUAAUUUUUUAAUCAAUUUAACGUAAUUAAAACCGUCUGCUAUUUUAAUUAAACAUUUGAAUUGUGUAUGUAUAAGACAACAAAGGUGAAUUACUAUUAUUUAAUGUAGACAAUAUGGUCACUCUGUGUUUAAAAUAAAGAAAAAGAUAAAAUGCUAAUUGACAUUCCACAGUGUGCAAAAUAACAUUUUUUUAACUUAACAGCGAUAGUUUAACGCUCAAUUAGUCAAUAAUGUAAACAUACUACAGCUAUAAAACGACUGACUCACUGUAUGACACAGAGAACGAAACGGUUCGCCAAUUUAGUUUCUACAUUUUAAACUUUCCAUUUGCAAGUCAAUUUAACCAUUAAACUUAUUUAAAUGAUAUUAUAACAAAGGUAAAUCGUUCGAUUUUAAUGCGGUUGAUAAUUAAUUUCGUCUUGAUUUAAUUUAAGUCGUUAUUUUGUGUGUUUUAUAGAGAUUCGCCCGUUGUUCUAGUAUAAUUGCAACCGAGUAAAAUACUAAAUAUAGCAACGAGUAUCGGAAAACCCGAGGUUAUAAAUAGUACCCAUAUUAGGCGUGGGUUACCGCAGUUAGUAGAUAAAACAGCGCGCCAACCCGUUCUCGCCGUUAAAUGCCAUACUAUUAAGUCAAAAUUAACAUUAUUCAUGGGGUUUCUUGUAUUAUAACGAAGUGAAAAGUUACCUUUUAUAAACAUUUCAUAAUUAAACCUCUCAUCAAUUAAGCAUCGAAAUGAGACAUUCUUCUAUAUGAUUUAUAUUAUUUAAAUUACCACCAGUUGGACGAUUUAUGUUUACACUGAAAUGUCACUGGCGCACGCUUAAUAUUUUGAAAAUCAAUAGGUGUUCUUCAUCAGUUAAUAACAUUUUCCGAAUAAUUCAUGUUUAUGUCACACGGAAAGAAUAAAAGACUGUAUAUUUGGAAAAUCGACAAAUAUUUUACAGGGAGAGCUGCUUAGAGGUUCAGUUGAAGGCGUAUAUUGACGUCAAGCAGUCAACAUGAAAUUUUGUUGCCCCGAGUGUGAUUACAAAACAGACAAAAAGAGCGAACUACUAAAACAUCAGCGCUCUGACAAUCACUUGGAAAAGUUCAACUGUAAUAUAUGUGGAAAAGUAUUCACAAGGAAGGAUAAUUUAGACAGACAUGUUUACAAGCACCGAAACGAAAACAGUUUUCAUUGCUCAGAAGGUGGAUGUGCAUUUAGCCGGGAAGACAAUCUUUUCAGACAUUUGCGAGACAAAGAUCAAGUUGGUAGCGGUCGUAAGCGGGCAGGAACAUCCACUUCAGAAGCAUCAGCUCCAAAACAUAGAAAACUUACUAAUGCCAAGGAAUACUACAAUCUGCGUAAAGUCAACGAAAGGAUAAUAAAAAAGUUUAGGACCAAAUCAUCGACAUACAAGGCCACAUUCAAGAACUUGGAAGUUGUGGAAUUACAAGACAUUUUAACUACGUUACAGGCAUUGUUUUCUUCCAUAUUUAAUGAGGUUACAAAAGGGAGUAAGUCAAAUUAUCUCGUUCGAAUUAUUGUGCAAAGUCCAACAUUGGAUUACCCUAUAGUUAUUCCAUUCGGACCUGUAACUGUCUUAACGGCUGAUCGUUUUCUUCAGGAAGUGGAACGUGUUUUACAGUCAAAUGAGGACUAUGUUAUCAAUGAGAGUUUGGAGUUCGAAAUAACAUUAGUAGACAUGCCAAGCGGUGGAACAAGAAAACGUUGCAAAUUUGUGAACAAUGACAGAUUUUUACUGGAAAAGAAAUGUAUUAUUCGGAUUAAAAACUCUGACAAUUUAUGCUGUGCAAGGGCCAUAGUAACAGCAAUGGCCAGAAUUGAUAAACAUGAAAAGUGGGAGAGCAUUAGAAAGGGUUACGAACCGCAGGGUGACCUAGCUAGAGCUUUACAUAAAGCUGCAAGCGUGAAGGAAGGCCAGUGUGGAAUAGAAGAAAUCAAACAAUUUCAAACAGUACUGGAGGGAUACCAGCUACACGUUCUCUCUAAAGAACAUUUUAAUGCUAUGAUUUAUACUGGAACAGAAGCGGAAAACAAAAUAUAUUUAUAUUAUCACGAGGCCCAUUACGAUGUCAUCACGUCAAUGUCCGCGUUUUUGACACGAAAUUACUUCUGCACUACGUGUAAUAGAGGGUACGACCAUAAAGACAAACAUGCUUGUAACAACAUCUGCUCUUCUUGCCGAAAAGUACACGAGAGGAAUGAUCUGGACGACUGGAUACAUUGCCAAAUAUGUAACAGAUACUUUCAGGGAGAGGUGUGCUUUGAUCUCCACGCAACGAUUACCUAUAAAGGUAAUUCAAUCUGUAAGACUUAUUACAGGUGUGCUGAAUGUAGUACGACAAUCAACAGAAAAAUGCAUAAGAAAGAACACGUUUGCGGGGAACGAUAUUGUGACACUUGCAAAAUCUUCGUCAGUGAAACGCAUCAAUGUUUUAUGUUGCCUGAAGAAACCGCGGAUGAUAUGCCAAUGUCGAUUGAAGAAGAACUUAUAAAUGAUGAGGAAACUGCUAAAACGUUCAUCUUCUUCGAUUUUGAGUGCACACAAGAGAACAUGGUAGCCUGUCGUAAAGGAUAUCUUCCCGACUCAUCUGGAAUUUGUUCCAACUGCAGCAAAACAAUGUGUGGUUCUCUCGAGCAUUUGCCCAACCUGUGUGUGGCUCACAAAGUAUGUACAAAAUGUAUACAGCACGAUGUCACCAACACAAGCCAAUGUAACAACUGUGGUAAAAAUGAACAUAUUUUCAAAGGAAGCUUAGACGACUUUUGCUUGUGGCUUUUUUUCAAAAGAUAAUUUUAAAACCACAGUGAUUUGUCAUAACUUUCAAGGAUAUGACUCAUAUCCUAUUCUUCAGUAUCUAUACCGAAAUGCCAUCGUUCCUAAGAUUGUUCCAAAUGGAGCAAAAGUGGUGAGUCUUGUUGUAGAGUCAUGCAAGGUUAGAAUGAUUGAUUCAAUCAAUUUUAUACCCAUGGCACUGGCAAAACUACCAGCUAUGGUUGGCAUUGAAGAAUUGAAAAAGGGUUACUUCCCACACCUUUACAAUCGAAUGGAAAACCAAGGAGCAGUGCUUGAUUGCUUACCAGAUGUACAAUAUUACAACUACGACUCGAUGAAGCCAUCAGACAGAGAAGUAUUCUUGAAAUGGUAUGAAGAAAACAAAGACAAGCUAUUUAACUUUCAGUCGGAAUUGUUGGAGUACUGUAGAUCUGACGUAGAUAUACUUAGACGAGGUUGUUUAACCUUUCGGGAUAACUUCAUGAGCAUAACAAACAUGGAUUCAUUCGAGCAAUGUAUUACAAUAGCCUCUGCGUGUAAUUUAGUUUUUAGAACUAACUUUUUAGAACAAGAUUCUAUCGGCAUUAUUCCAUAUCACGGGUAUAAACCGGAACAAAUGCAAUCAGUUAAAGCAUUGCAGUGGAUUAAAUACCUGUCGCGUACCCAUGGUCACCAGAUUCAACAUGCCAGGAACGGCGGUGAAAAGUGCAUAGGACCAUACAUGGUUGAUGGUUACUAUGAGACUAUCGGGGGCGAAAAGGUCGUAUUAGAAUUUCAUGGAGAUUUUUGGCACGGAAAUCCGACAAAGUACUCAAGUUCUACAGUGAAUCCGGUGAGAAAACUAACCAUGGGUGAACUCUACCAGAGGACACUUGAUAAAAAGAAAUAUUUAGAGGAAAAUGGCUCUACGUAUGUAUCAAUAUGGGAGUCAGAAUUUGACCAGCAGGUAAUCGGAGAUCCUGUAAUGGCGGAAUUCAUCAAAAACUGUCAAACUGUCAAAACCUUUGCAGCCGAGAGACGCGUUCUUCGGAGGACGUACAGAAGCAUUUACACUCUACAAAGAAGCUUCAUCAGUAGAGACAAUCCAGUACUACGAUGUCACAUCUCUUUAUCCUUUCAUCAACAAAACCGGAAAAGUACCAUUGGGUCAUCCUACCAUCAUCACAGAAAAUUUUGAAAGCCUUGAAAACUACGAAGGUCUUGUUAAAUGCAAAGUCAUUUCGCCACGUCAGCUGUUCCACCUUGUUCUACCAUGCAAGGUCAACGGUAAGUUGUUAUUUCAUCUGUGUAAAUCGUGUGCUGAAGUCAAAAAUAAAGAUAUGUGUAUUCAUACAGAUGAACAACGAUCUUUUGAGGGAACGUGGGUGACAGAUGAACUAAAAAAAGCCAUUGAAAAAGGCUAUCAAAUCGCGAACAUCUAUGAAGUCUGGCACUUUGAGAACGUGUCGCAAUACGAUCUAUGAUACUAUGAAAGGAGGAGUAUUUGCUGAGUAUGUAAAUACCUUCUUGAGACUGAAGCAGGAAGCUAGCGGUUGACCAUCAUGGUGUACAACAGAAGAACUAAAACACAAGUAUAUUACACAAUACCUUGAAAAGGAGGGUAUCUGGCUUGAUAACGAAAACGUACGAAAAAAUCCCGGCAUUAGCCUUAGCAAAGUUGAUGCUGAAUUCGUUUUGGGGUAAGUUUGGACAACGUUCAAACAUGUCACAAGUUGAAAUCAUCGACGAUCCUGCCGUUUAUUUCGAUAAAUUGACCAGUGAAAAAGAAGAAGUCACCUGUGUUAAUUAUGUAUCAGACGACUUGGUUGAAAUGAGAUGGAAAUAUAAAGACGAUUUUGUGGACAUUAACGCAAAAACAAAUGUCAUUAUAGCUGCUUAUACGACUGCCCAAGCCCGUCUAAAACUGUACAGUUACUUAGAGCCUUUAGCUGAAAGGGCAUUGUACGCGGACACAGAUUCGGUUAUAUUUGCCACAAAAGAGGGUGAAUGGGUACCUCCCCUGGGUGAUUAUCUCGGCGAUCUUACUGACGAAGUUCCAGGAAACGCUAUAAUAACUUUCAUUACUGGAGGUCCAAAAAACUACGCAUUUCGCUUGAAAACGCAGGAUGGAUCUGGAAAACAAACACAUUGUAAAAUCAGAGGAAUCACACAUAGUUACAGAAAUUUACAAACCAUCAAUUAUGAUGUAAUGAAGACAAUGGUACUUGAUAGUUCCGAAGAAUCAAUAACAGUUAAGGAUCCUUUCAAAAUUAGUAGAGACAGAAAUAGUACAAAACUUUUAACUAUGUCACAAAACAAAAAUUACAGACUAGUGUUUGACAAGCGAGUCAUUCGUGAAAACUUUAUCUCUUAUCCAUAUGGAUUUUAACAGAUAUAAAGACAAUAUUGGUUGUACUGAACAUUGGCAAAAUAGACUAUUUCCCAGUUGAAUGAACAAUGUGUUUUUUGAGCGUUAUCAAAGACGAAUGGAUUAAGUGUAAUUGCAAAUAAAAGAUUUCAGUGGUGUGCAAUUAAAGAUUAUGAAGUAUAUGGAACUUUCUUUCUAUGUAAAUAGUUUUCACAUAUAUUGUACAUUAAGCUGUUAUAGUUGUGUAUCGUAGUCCUAAUAAAAAGAAUAGAAAAUG